AUGCAGGACACGAUCACGAUCCGCACCUGCGACGACCCGCCCGUCGCCCUCGAGGCGUCCCGCGCCGUUCUCGCCGCCAACAGCAAGGUGUACGCCGACAUGCUCGCGAUCCCGACCCAGGCCGAGACGAGCACGGGCAUCGACAUCGACGAGACGGCGGCGCACUUCAAGCCGUUCCUGCGCAUCCUCAACAUGUCGCACGAGGAGGGCGACCCGCUCGACGACCUCGAGCCCGAGGACUGGCCUGUCGUCGCCAAGCUCGCCGACAAGUACGACUCGGCCGUCGCAAAGAACUUUGCGCUCGCCAAGUGCUGGAAGUGGAACAGCUCCGACGACGACGACGACAAGGGCGACCCGCCGGCUCGCGCCGCCGCCUUCCAGACUGCCGCCAUCCUCGGCGAGCCCCACCUGGCCAAGGUCUUCCUCUUCGAGGUCCUCGAGAACCCGAGCAAGAGCGAGAUCGACUUGGCUCUCCGUGGUCGCCGCGCCGAGUUUACCGUGUGGGUCGAGCUGCUCAAGGACCUCGUACUCAAGAUGUCGGUCGCCGACCCGCCGAACACGCCCGACUGCGCCGUCUGCAAGUCGGGCGGUGCUCGCCACAGCUACGAGCUGGCGUGGCGCCGCGCCAUGAGCGAGACCCUGCGCAGCUGGAGGCCCUAUUGCGUUGCCGAGCCGUUCGGCGCCAGUGCAGCGUUGGCCGUCGCCCUGUCGGACAUGUGCCGCAAGUGCAAGUCGGCUUUCAAGCGCAUGUCGGCUUCCUCGUCCGAGGAGUACCGCAACGAGGCGCCCGACUUCCCUCUCUGAGCCCUCGUAUCGAGCUCCCCUUGCCCUCUCUCGACCUCUCUCGACCUCUCUCGCCCGCUUUCCCUCGUCCUCUCGCCUCUCUCGCGCCAUAAUGUACUGCAACGUCUAGCAUUCCAUC